AAGAGGUGCAUCAGGGGGGCGUCAGGAGGAGCCACACCACGCCGUGACAUCACGCCGCCGACACAGGAUUUCCAGGAGCAGGCUGGGAAUCAGUUAUUGGCCAGUUUAGCAGGACAUCAGGGGCUGGCACAUCAGGCUGCGCAGCAGACAGAGGCACAUCGGGCUGCGCAGCGGGCAGAGGCACGUCAGGCUGGGCAGCGGGCAGAGGCACGUCCGGCUGGGCAGUGGACAGAGGCACGACAGCGGGCACCGAGUCAUUUGGCACGACAGCAGGCACUGAGUCAUCUGGCAGGACAGCAGGCACCGAGUCAUCUGGCACGACAGCGGGCACCUAGUCAUCGGGCAAGUCAGUGGGCACCGAGUCACCGGGCACCGAGCCAUCUAGCAGAACCGUGGGCACCAAGU